AGAGUAGGUGGCCUCGAAAACCACAUAAUCUCAUCCUCCUCAUCCGAAGCUGAAAAAUGGCGCAGGCUCUUCUAACAAACACCUCUCUACAGGGAAAACCCGUCCUUCCGGUUCGGCCACUCCCUGCGAACAGUGUGAGGAGCACAGGGGUGACUUCAGUAACGUGCAGGAAGAAGGACAUACACCCACAGUUCUACGAGGACGCGAAGGUGUACUGCAAUGGAGAGCUGGUGAUGACUACUGGAGGUACUCAGAAGGAGUAUGUGGUGGAUGUGUGGUCCGGCAACCACCCAUUCUACCUCGGCAACCGGAGUGCUGUCUUGGUGGAUGCCGACCAAGUUGAGAAGUUUCGGAAGAAGUUCGGUGAGCUCUCUCAGAUUAUGGAGAUUCCAGUCCUCAAAGGAGAGAUUGUUCUUCCCUCUCGGCGUAGGGGGAUUUCUCCUAAGGGAGGCAAGAAGAAGUAGACGACGCGGUAAUGCGCUUUCUUCACCUGGUUGACAAGGAAGAACCAAGAUGAAGACUUGAAGGUGGUGUACACUGUAAAGAUAUCUGGGAAUAUAACAUAUUCGCAAUAUUUUUAGUUUGAGAGCCCAGAUGAUGAUACCUGUUGGAGAUUUCCUUGUUGGUUUUGUCUUGAUUUUGUUCCUAAUGACGAUUCUUCGUUAGAAGAAGGAGCGAUACAAUAUUCACCCAAAAAAAAAAAAAAAACAAGAAGAAGAAAGAAAGAAGGAGCAACACGGUAAUUCUUUUUUCUUGA